AUGAUGGCUCGACUCCAUUGCCAUGUCCCGGCCAGCGCCGUCCGCAGCUGGCGUGGCGCCUCGCUCGCCCCGUCCACAUGCCCAUCCUCUGCCACCCGAACCUACGCCACCGAGAUCGAGCCCGAGCGCCCACGUCCUCCCCGCCAGGCCAACGACCACAAGCUCGGCCGCUCCUUUCAGGGGCAGGUCAUGGGCUCCAUCUCCCAGCGUCUCAACCGCGAGAAGGAGCAGCGCGCACGAUACGAGGAGUGGCGCAAGCAGGUUGAUCCCGCGCGCAACUGGUCCACCACCUUUAUGUUUGUGGCCUCGAUCGGCAUCGCGUACUGGGCGGGCACCUACUGGGAGCGCAACCCGGACACGACGUCGACGACGCCCCUGUCGCAGGCGCCCGGCGUGAGCCACGACACCAGGCUGGAGAACAUGCAGGCCGCCUGGGCCGACUUUGUCAAGCUCGUCGGCAAAGACAAUGUGAGCACGGUGGAGGAUGACCUGUCGGCGCACGCGACGAGCGACUGGUCCUCGCACAAGGCUGGGCCGGACGAGAGGCCCUUUUGCGUCGUGUACCCGGCCACGACCGAGGAGGUGUCGGAGAUUAUGAAGGUGUGCCACAAGAGGAAGAUCCCCGUGGUCGGCUACAGCGGCGGGACGAGCCUCGAGGGCCACUUUACCCCCACGAGGCAGGGCAUCUCGGUGGAUUUUGGCCGGAUGGACAAGAUAAUCACGCUGCACAAGGAGGACCUCGAUGUCAUCGUCCAGCCGGCCGUCGGGUGGGAGCAUCUGAACGAGGAGCUCUCCAAGGACGGCCUGUUCUUCCCGCCCGACCCAGGCCCGGGCGCCAUGAUCGGAGGCAUGAUCGGCACCGGCUGCUCCGGCACCAACGCGUACCGGUACGGCACGAUGCGGGAGUGGGUGAUUAGCAUCACGGCGGUCCUAGCCGACGGUACCAUCAUCAAGACGCGGCAGCGCCCGCGCAAGAGCUCGGCGGGCUACGACCUGACCAAGCUGCUCAUCGGGUCCGAGGGCACCCUGGGUCUCGUGACCGAGGCGACGCUCAAGGUGACGACCAAGCCGGCCUCGACGAGCGUGGCCGUCGCAUCCUUCCCCUCGAUCCGACAGGCGGCCACGUGCGUCGCCAAGGUGGUCGGCGCGGGCAUCCCCGUCGCCGCGGUCGAGAUCCUCGACGAGAACCAGAUGAAGUGCAUCAACGAAGCGGGGAGCACGUCCCGCGCGUGGACGGAAGCGCCUACGCUCUUCUUCAAAUUUGCCGGCACGCCCAGCGGCGUCAAGGAGCAGGUGGCGCAGGUGCAGGCGCUGGCGAAGCAGGCGAGCAGCAAGACGUUUGAGUUUGCCCGGAACGAGGAGGAGAGGGACGAGCUAUGGAGCGCACGCAAGGAGGCACUCUGGAGCGCCAUGGCCGUCAAGAGGCCCGGCGACAGGGUGUGGACGGGCGACGUGGCCGUGCCCAUGAGCCGGCUGCCGGACCUCAUCGAGGCCACCAAGGAGGACCUCCGGCGGAGCGGUCUGUUCGGGACGAUUGUGGGCCACGUGGGCGACGGCAACUUUCACAGCAUCAUCAUCUACAGCGAGGCGCAGCGGCAAAAGGCUGAGACGGUGGUGCACCGCAUGGUGAAGAAGGCGGUCGAGAUGGAGGGCACUGUCACGGGCGAGCACGGCGUCGGCCUCGUCAAGAGGGACUACCUCGCGCACGAGCUGGGCGAGACGACGGUGGACGCGAUGCGGCAGAUCAAAAAGGCAUUUGACCCCCUGUGUCUGCUCAACUGCGACAAGGUGGUACGCAUGCAGAAGCCCAAGCGCGGUGAGGUCGAGGCGUGGUGA